AUGUUUGUUGAUUUCCGCUUUGGGCUUUCUGAUAGCAACGACUUGGGCUUAUCAGAGGGUACACCAAACACCACACCAUAUAAACCAUCACCUCUCUCCUUUGGAUCUCCUCGUUCCUCCCCUUUCCGGCGCCCAUCGUUUGUCACCUCACCACCGCCUUCAUCACCUGGACCAGUGACCCGACCAAAUAUACCUGGAAGUCCUAGUAGCAGGGGAACAACCCCCACACAUUCCCCCAGCAAAUUGAGCCAUUUCCAAGCACUGGAAAGAGAGAGCGGAGAUGUAUUUACAAACGGCAGCAAUGGGCUACGGCCCUCUCCUGGCCCUAGGUCACCGCAGCUUUCACCUACAAAAGGAGCUAAUGUUCAAGAUCGGUUUUCGGCUAUGGGACGACCCAAAACACCUGAAAGGUCGCCAAAAAGCAAUGAUCUGCUGAGCAAGAUACCUCCGGCGCAGCUGCGGGAGAUGCGUGAGGCUUUCCAAGUACUUGAUCGUGAUAACGAUGGCCAAGUAAACAGGGAAGAUGUAGCGGAUGCUUUGAACAAUCUUGGCGAAGACUCCUCUUCUUUAGCAACAGGGGCAUACUUUCCGCCAAAUGGCCCUCGUUCAAUCAACCUUCCGACAUACUUAAAUCAGAUCGCAACCUAUCUAGCGCCUCUCUCGUCUCCUCAAGAGCUUCUCAAUGCCUUUGCGGCGUUUGACGAGGAUGAUAGUGGCCAGAUUGACCUGGCAGAGCUUCGAGACGCUUUACUUCAUACCAGUCCCGAAGGAGACGAGAGACCGCUGACAGAAAGUGAAAUAAACGAAGUCAUACAGGGGUUUACUAGCAGGCGCGCGUUUGGCCCCAAAGGGAAAUCGCCCUCUCUUUCCGGGUCAAGAAGUCGAGCCGAGGUGUUCAGGUACGAGGAGUUUGUGGGAAGUUUGACGGGUGGCGCGGGGGAUCCGAAGGCCGAUAAGUCGAAGUCGAAGGAAAGCUAA